UAGUACAAUAAAAUAAAAGGCCAGAAAGGGCGAAAUCCCUCUUUUCUAGUUGCUCAUUUUCGCAUUAGGUUUUUAAUUUUGAGCAAUUGAUUUUCGAUUGCCGCUUGAUGAAAAAGUGGAAGAACCAAGCCACCAAGGUUCAGACAGAUCGUGAUUAUUUCUUCCGAUUUGAUUUUGGAUUCCUCCCCCCUCUCUCGUUCUGUAGAACUUAGGAGUGCACCUAUUUGAUAGUCAAUUAUGGAGAUACAGACAAGUGGGAAGCCCAUUGACUCGCUAUUGGAGAAGGUUCUUUGUAUGAAUAUUCUGUCCUCGGACUACUUCAAGGAGCUGUAUCGGUUAAAAACGUACCAUGAAGUGAUAGAUGAAAUAUACAAUCAAGUUGACCAUGUGGAGCCAUGGAUGACUGGAAAUUGUCGAGGGCCGUCAACUGCUUUCUGUCUUCUGUACAAAUUUUUUACCAUGAAACUCACCGUCAAACAAAUGCACGGUCUAUUAAAGCACAAGGAUUCUCCUUAUAUCAGAGCGAUUGGAUUUCUCUAUUUGAGAUAUGCUGCUGAUCCAAAGACUUUAUGGAAUUGGUUUGAACCAUAUAUUAAAGAUGAUGAGGAAUUCUCUCCGAGCUCUAAUGGACGGAAGAGCACAAUGGGUAUAUAUGUGCGCGACUUGCUUCUUGGACAGUACUACUUCGAUACCCUUUUCCCUCGUAUUCCUGUUCCUGUAAUGCGGCAGAUUGUGUCUAAUCUUGAGAAGAUGAAACUCCCCAGUAAACCUUCUGGUGCAACAGGGGAUUCCAUCCGCCAUGGAUCUGAUGAUACUGCACGUCGACCACCAUCUGUGAAGGCUGCACUUUCAGUCUCAUUUGGUCAGCGUGCUCCUCAUCGCGCAUCAACCAGGGACUCAUCACCUGUUCGUCGUACGCUACCACCACCCUCUUAUGAUAGAAUUAGUGAUGACCCAAGAAGAUCUCCCAGUAGUCGUCGUAGCCAGAGUCGUGAAUAUUCUGAUAAAGAGUAUUCAGACAGAGACAAAGAUCGGGAUCGGGAUUUGGACCGUGAAAGAGACCGAGAGAGGGAACGUGAUCGGGAUAGGGAUAGGGAACGUGAAAGAGACUGGUACAGGGACCUCGAACGAGAGCAAGAGCGGGGCCGAGACAGAGACCGGGACAGGGAGAGGGACAGAGAGAGAAAAUAUGAUUAUGAUCAGAGGUCCAGGUAUUCUGAGAGAGAAAGCAGAAGGGACUAUGAAAGGAGCAGCCGUGAUGGAAGUAGGCACUACAGAGAAAGUAGCUCACGUAGAAGCCAUAGCCGGAGUAGGAGUCGCAGCCGGAGCAGGAGCAGAAGUCGAAGUGUGCAAAUUGGUGUGGCACCAUUUGAUCGUCAUUCCAGUCCAUACAAGGAUGUAAGCAAGGAGAAGACAUCUGCAUCUAGCAAUUUGGCGAAGCUCAAGGAUCUGUAUGGUGACUUAGGUGAUCAGAAAGGGGAUUCUGUUCUGGAAAGAGUACCUCGAAGGGAUAAUGGUGGUGAAGAGGUCAUUAGGCUUGGUGGUUCUACAUGGAAAUAAUUAUACAAUAGAUUAUCAUGCAAUUCACAAGUCAGAUGUAUCAUUGGGGUCUUCAAACAGGCUAACUUAUUUGUUCAGGUCAAAAAAAAACAAUUACCUUCUUGAGCUUUUUAUUCGCUGUAGGCAUAGUAACAUGUCAAUGACGGAUGAUACUGAAACUGGCAAGUGCAACUUGCCGAGUCAGAGGGAUGCGUGUUUUUUAGAUGCCCUUUCCAAUUCCAACUUUCGGUUUAAUUCUUCAUGGCAGUAAAAUUGUGUUUAGCAACUAUUCAAGUGCUUAUUGUAGAGAGAUUUUAAGCCGUAAUUACUAUAUGGUUAUUCUUAA